GGGCUCUGGGCGGGGGGUAUGGGCGGGGCCUGUCUCGGGAUCUGUGCUAGCCGCGCCCGGACUGUGCUGCGCAGCUUGGGUGUGUACCUAGCUUGCGAAGGUGAACCAGCACCAACAUGGCUGUCCUCUCGAAGGAAUAUGGGUUCGUGAUUCUCACGGGUGCCGCCAGCUUUGUCAUGGUACUCCAUCUUGCCAUCAAUGUUAACAAGGCCCGCAAGAAGUACAAGGUGGAGUAUCCUGUCAUGUACAGCACAGAUCCUGAGAAUGGGCACCUCUUCAACUGCAUUCAGCGAGCCCACCAGAACACGUUGGAAGUGUACCCUCCCUUCCUCUUUUUCCUAGCUACUGGAGGUGUUUAUCACCCGCGUAUAGCUUCUGGCUUGGGCCUAGCCUGGAUUGUUGGACGAGUUCUUUAUGCAUAUGGCUACUACACAGGAGAUCCCAGCAAGCGGUAUCGAGGAUCUGUGGGGUCAAUCGCCCUCUUCGCCUUGAUGGGCACAACUGUGUGCUCUGCCUUCCAGCAUCUUGGCUGGGUUAAAUCUGGCUUGGGCGGUGGGCCCAGGAGCUGCCAUUGAAGAACUACAGGGGUUUAAAAAACUCAUUCAUCUUGAAUGACUUAUUUCCAUUUAACAUUUUUUUUCUAAAUAUAAUAAAAACUUAUCUGGCAUCAGCCUCAUCAUACCUAA